CAAUAGUUUCCUCAUCAAGAGUUCCUAAUCUACGCAAACCAAAGCGGCACUUCGCCACUUCGGUAAAGAAAGAUGAAUCAGGAGAUAGAGCACUCCUACUUGCCCAUCGGAAGGCUCAAGCUGCAUAUAGCUCCUAUUGGAAAAGGUGAAGUCGGGACCUUGCUCUUUGUUCAUGGCUUCCCUGAGGUAUGGUACUCCUGGAGGCACCAAAUGGUUGCGGCUGCAGCAGCUGGGUUCCGUGCUAUUGCUCCUGAUCACUCCGGAUAUGGCCUCUCUGAGCCACCUCCUGACUUAGCACAAGCAUCAUGGGAGGGCUUGAUGAAAGCUCUCCUGGCCAUUCUUGACUUCCUUGCCAUUUCUAAGGUCUUCCUUGUUGCAAAGGAUUUUGGUGUCAAGCCAGCAUUUGAUCUUGCCCUCUGUCAGCCAGACCGCGUAUGUGGUGUUGUUACCUUUGGAGUGCCUCCUCUCGUGGAAAGCCUUGGUUUCAGCGGACUUCCUGAGGGAUUCUACAUAUACAGAUGGAGGGAGACUGGAAGAGCAGAGUCUGAUUUUGGCCGGUUUGAUGUGAGGAGGAUCAUGCGCACAAUCUAUAUCCUCUUCUCCAGGAGUGAAGUUCCUGUUGCCAAGCAAGGACAAGAGAUUAUGGACCUCGCAGAUGACUCAACACCGAUGCCUGAGUGGUUCAGGGAAGAAGACCUCUCAGCUUACACCAACCUGUAUGAGAAAUCAGGUUUCAUCACGGCCUUACAAAUUCCAUACAGGACCAAACCUGCAAAAGCUGAAUAUGCUAAGCCAAGGUUUGAAGUGCCAAUGUUUGUGAUCAUGGGUCAGAAGGACUACAUCCUCAACUUUCCAGCACUGAAGGACUACAUGUCUAGUGAGAAGCUGAAAGAAAUCACCCCAGAUCUUGAGAUCACUUACAUACCAGAAGGAUCCCAUUUUGUUCAAGAGCAAUUCCCUGAACUUGUCAAUCAGCUUAUGAUAGACUUCCUUUGUAAACAUGCAUGAGGUAGAAGCAAGGGCGUAAAUGAGGUGGGCAGAAUAUUCAGUGACAGGCGACCAGUAAGGCACCACCAAUAGAUUAGAUGCAUUGCAUUGUUUUUCUCGAUAAGACUUGACUUGAUACCUAGAAAUCCUCAAGAGAUAGCCACUUCACCUCAUCAUCGUUCAUGGCUCAAGUCACUACUUGACCAAGCUUAGUACCUCGUUGCAAAUCUCUUACUUGAUCUCUUCAUUCAUUCAAGUCAUUAUGAGUUUAGCUUUGCUUUUGACAUCAACAAUAAUAUCCCAUUUGAAAUCCGCUUCAAAUGUUUGUUCUUGAUUGAUAAAGAGUUUCUU